CGCGUUCCUCCCGCCCGCGUCACGCAAGACCCGGCGGGGGCCGCGACUACCCGAGCCGCCCCUCGGACCCGGCCGGCCGCCUCCGCCGCCGCCUCCUCUUCGGGACCAUUAAAGCCAAUGAGCCGCGCGCCUCUGGCCAGAGCAGCCAACUAAAUCGGUUUGGAUGAUUCGCGACCUGAGCAAGAUGUACCCGCAGACCAGACACCCGGCACCGCAUCAGCCUGCACAACCUUUUAAAUUUACGAUUUCCGAGUCCUGUGAUCGGAUUAAGGAAGAGUUUCAGUUUUUACAGGCUCAAUACCACAGCUUGAAGCUGGAAUGUGAGAAACUCGCCAGUGAGAAGACAGAGAUGCAGCGGCAUUAUGUCAUGUAUUACGAAAUGUCCUAUGGGUUGAAUAUAGAAAUGCAUAAGCAGGCAGAGAUUGUCAAGAGGCUGAAUGCUAUCUGUGCACAAGUCAUUCCUUUCCUGUCCCAAGAGCACCAGCAACAAGUGGUGCAGGCUGUGGAACGGGCCAAGCAGGUGACCAUGGCAGAGCUGAACGCCAUCAUUGGGCAGCAGCAACUCCAGGCCCAGCAUUUGUCACAUGGCCAUGGUCUGCCGGUGCCUCUGACCCCACAUCCUUCGGGGCUCCAGCCCCCUGCCAUUCCUCCCAUCGGUAGCAGCGCCGGCCUUCUGGCCCUCUCCAGUGCCCUCGGAGGCCAGUCCCACCUUCCAAUUAAAGAUGAGAAGAAACACCAUGACAACGAUCACCAAAGAGACAGAGACUCCAUCAAGAGCUCUUCGGUAUCCCCGUCAGCCAGUUUCCGAGGCGCCGAGAAGCACAGAAACUCAACAGACUAUUCCUCUGAUAGCAAAAAGCAGAAAACUGAAGAAAAGGAAAUUGCAGCUCGUUACGACAGCGAUGGUGAGAAGAGUGAUGACAACUUGGUGGUGGAUGUUUCCAACGAGGACCCGUCUUCCCCUCGGGGGAGCCCAGCACAUUCCCCGAGAGAGAAUGGCCUGGACAAGACACGCCUACUCAAGAAAGAUGCCCCGAUUAGUCCAGCUUCCAUUGCAUCUUCCAGCAGCACUCCUUCCUCCAAAUCCAAAGAACUUAGCCUUAAUGAAAAAUCUACGACUCCUGUUUCAAAAUCCAACACCCCUACUCCACGAACUGAUGCACCGACCCCUGGCAGUAAUUCCACUCCCGGACUGAGACCUGUACCCGGAAAACCACCAGGAGUUGACCCUUUGGCCUCUAGCCUGAGGACCCCCAUGGCAGUACCAUGUCCAUACCCAACCCCCUUUGGGAUCGUGCCCCAUGCUGGGAUGAAUGGAGAGCUGACCAGUCCUGGGGCCGCCUAUGCUGGGCUACACAAUAUCUCCCCGCAGAUGAGCGCUGCUGCGGCUGCCGCGGCUGCUGCCGCCGCGUAUGGGCGAUCACCAGUGGUUGGAUUUGACCCACACCAUCACAUGCGUGUGCCAGCAAUACCUCCAAACCUGACAGGCAUUCCAGGAGGAAAACCAGCCUAUUCCUUCCAUGUUAGUGCAGAUGGUCAGAUGCAGCCUGUCCCCUUCCCCCCCGACGCCCUCAUUGGACCUGGAAUCCCCCGGCACGCUCGCCAGAUCAACACGCUGAACCAUGGGGAGGUGGUGUGUGCCGUGACCAUCAGCAACCCCACGCGGCACGUGUACACGGGUGGGAAGGGCUGUGUCAAGGUCUGGGACAUCAGCCACCCUGGCAACAAGAGCCCUGUCUCUCAGCUCGACUGCCUGAACAGGGAUAACUACAUCCGUUCCUGCAGAUUGCUCCCUGAUGGACGCACCCUAAUUGUUGGAGGGGAAGCCAGCACUCUAUCCAUUUGGGACCUGGCGGCUCCAACUCCACGGAUCAAGGCGGAGUUGACGUCCUCGGCUCCUGCCUGCUACGCCCUGGCCAUCAGCCCUGACUCCAAGGUCUGCUUCUCGUGCUGCAGCGACGGCAACAUUGCAGUGUGGGACCUGCACAACCAGACGCUGGUGAGGCAAUUCCAGGGCCACACAGACGGAGCCAGCUGUAUUGACAUUUCUAACGAUGGCACCAAGCUCUGGACGGGCGGUUUGGACAACACGGUCAGAUCCUGGGACCUGCGUGAGGGGCGGCAGCUGCAGCAGCAUGACUUCACUUCCCAGAUCUUCUCUCUUGGCUACUGUCCAACCGGAGAGUGGCUCGCGGUGGGGAUGGAGAACAGUAACGUGGAAGUGCUGCAUGUCACUAAGCCCGACAAAUACCAGUUACAUCUUCAUGAGAGCUGUGUGCUGUCACUCAAGUUUGCCCACUGUGGGAAAUGGUUUGUAAGCACUGGAAAGGACAACCUUCUGAACGCCUGGAGAACACCUUAUGGGGCCAGUAUAUUCCAGUCCAAAGAAUCCUCAUCGGUGCUUAGCUGUGACAUCUCUGUGGAUGACAAAUACAUUGUCACCGGCUCUGGGGAUAAGAAGGCCACGGUCUAUGAAGUUAUUUAUUAAGGACAAAUCUUCAUGUGAACUGGACUCCUCCUUGUAGCACUUUGCUCUGUCAUCCUCCCCCCUACCCCUGCAUCUAAAACCAAGGAUUCCAAGUACUCAUUGCGGUUGUGGAGUUUAAUCCCCUUCCCUAACCUCACUUCCUGUUCGCUAUUGAAUUGUGAAUACUCAUUAAGAACCUGUGAUACCAAACCUUCAGCUGUCUACUUGGAAGAACAUGGGAUAGGCAUACUUAACAGUGAACGGAAUCUUUAAUUAUGUAUUAUAUCUGUAAUAUAUUUAUUUUGUUUAAAGAAGGCUUUCUAACAAUGACUGACUAAAUAAAGCUGUCUGCUCCUGCAUUGAUAAUGAAGACGUGUCAUAUUUGAUACCCCUCCUCCCCCCUUUUUUUGGCAAAGGAGGGGAAAGGAAGGUUUAAAAUAAUUGAUUAAAAAAAAUGUCACUAAAUGUAGACUAAUGGCUGUAUAGAGAUGUGAAAUGUAUAAUUACACAUGAAGCAAUAUGUUGCUGCGAU